AUGUCUCACAACAAGGCCAACCUCACGAAAGAGGAGUACAUAUGCGAAGCAGAGGAUCUGGUCUGCGACUACGCCAAAGGCAGCAGCUUCAAAUGCAACGCAUGUCUGAAGUCAAAGUCGGGCAGGGUAAAAUGUUCCUGGGUCGCGGAGCUGAUAAAGAAGGUGGUCGUACUAGCCAAUGGCGAAGAGCUCGCUACGUGUGCCCCGAAGGGGUGGUUUGCUUUCAUCCUAGAGAUGUUACACGUCUUAGGGGCCGUCAAUCAAUCCAUCACGGCCCAGGUCGACCACCCAGCGCACGGGACCUCCCCGGCCGGCGGGUCGGUCGAAAAAGCGGCUGACAACGCCGGCCCGUCUAGUCAAAUCGACGACGACGCCCGCGUUGCUACAGACCCCGUUGACUCCGGGGCUAAUGGUCGUACGCCAUCCACAGAGAUAGUGAACGACGGGGGCUUUGCCGAAGAACAAGGCGACGCACCCGCCCACGAGAACAUCUCUCGCCACAGCACCCCUGUCCGGUUUGUGGACGAUGCUGGCGGCGUUCGUGAAGAAGGCGAUAGGGCGCAGGAUGGUUCGCCGAACGGCAGCAAUGCCGAAGAAGAGGCCUACGGAUCCACACACAGUCGCUCCCCGUCCAUCGCCUGGCGUGACCGCGAGCCUUCACCCAGGUACUUCAGGACUCCUUCGAUGGAGUUGCCCAGCGACCUGGAGGAUCCAACACACGAUGGGACUCCCUCCUUCCGGGUCCCCCCCUCUCCAGCGUACUUUUUAAGUGAGUCUGACGAGGCUCCGGACUACCGCGACCACCUGCCGCAGGACUGGACAUCGCACCUGGGAGUGGCCGCCUACGAUGGCUCGGCAGCUCACAUGGGGACACGUGAGGACGAAGAAGUUGUGGAUGGUAUGCUGGGCAACCUGGCGCAGGGCGGCACUCCUUCCGUGGGUGUAUCGGACGCUGGAGAUCGGGAAGAACUGGACAGCGUACGCGACAUCAACGCUCGCACGCAGGAUGCCGACACCUCGCACUCGCACUUCGGGUUCUAUGAGGAGGAAGAACUCAGAGUUCGAGCACUGGAACUCCUGGCCGAGAUCCAGGACAAGACCGAAGAGUAUUUCGAGCUAAGCAACCUAGCCGAACUCUCGUCGCGUUGCCUACCGCACCUCAUGGAAGAGGCAGCUAGCCCGAAGGAGGUGAGUGAGGUCGCUGCCCCGUUUGGCGAAGUCGGCCGCCUGGCUGGCGGAAUGGGAACGCAAGAACACCCUGCAACGUCUGGAGCAGCUGAAGGUCUCGCGCAAGCGAACCGCAGUGCACGACGAAGCGCCCUCGCCGACGAAGGUUGCACGCAGGGGAGAGGUAGCCUCGGCAUCGUCGUCCCAGAGCGGGCGGUCGAGAACCCAGCGCUCGUCGGCCUCACUCCUUUCCGCCCGCUCGUUGGCGUCACCACCCUCCGCCCAUGGACUGAGGAAGUUGGAAUGGGCUGGAACCGGGGCACAAGCGAACACAAAACACGGGGGCAGGCUUGCAGCGCGCGGACUGAGCGGUUCCUCACACGGAAGAAUGACGACAUCCGAAAACUACGGAAAACAAGUGAUCGUCGAUCCCGCUAUACCCACAAUAGAAGACUUCGCAAGGCGGAAUGA